AGCAAACAAAUCAAUUGAAAGUUCCAAAUAGACCGACAUCACGUAACCAUGCGCAUGACUCGUGCAGCCCUGCGAGCCCAGGCUCAAGAGGAACCGCAACUCAUUUACGAGGACUCGGACGCGAAUGCUAAUAAUUCGCUACAGGAUGAUUGCGCCGACGCCAACGCGAACCAGGAUCUUGUUCGGCCCCCAUUGAAAGACAUCACCACCGAAAUCAACCCUUCAACCACUGAAGACCCUUUCGCGGACGAAGAGCACGAGCCCAUGCAGAAAGCUAAGAGCAGGAAGGGUCGAAAGGCUAAACUUGACAACGUUGGGGAAGAGUCCAGCAAGGGAGAGUCGGACGAGCCACAGGAGCCGCAGCCUGAGGACGCGAGUGACAGCCACCAGCUUGAAUCUUCUGAAGGCAGAGGCAGUAUACAGGACACGUCUUCGGCUGUCACUAUCGAAAAACUUGCUCUCCGCGACGAAGUUACAGCAGAGGCAGUGGACGCGACCCUGGAAGAGCAAGGGAUAGCCGAAUCAACUUCUACCCCACAACAAAGCCACACGGGCCCUCCAAAGACACCCAAGUUCGAUCCAUCUGUCCACAGGGCCAUGGAAGAGGUCACGCCAUCUGCCUCGAAUACUGUCGAGGAUUCGUUUGUGGAGAAGAUCACAUCAAGAACCCCAGGCAGAUUGCAAAUACUUUUGAAUGAGAGCAAGUCUCCAGAUCCCUUCGCCGAACAGAUGAGGUCCCGAACACCUCGGAUUGAAGACUCCGUCGAAGCAAUUGAUGCUCUGGAAGAUGCAAUCGAGAAGAUUUCCGAGACAUUGCCUGCCCUGGACGAACUGAAGAUUGAAUCCCCCGUGAAAAUGCGAAAGAGUCCCCCAGCCCGCCUCAACCCCCGCUCGACCACAGCCCCAAUAGAUCCUCAGAAGAAGCUCACUGGCCGGCAACCAGCACAACCAUCUCGGCGCCCUGUGCAGAAGCCUGGAACAACUUCCGGAUCUCUAGAGCGCCCGAAAUUGAGCGGCGCCCGUGGGUCGUCUACCAACCCGACAGCCAAAGCAACCACCGCCGCUAAACCGGCUAAGCGACCGAUUGUUGACGGCCAUAAGACGAGAGAGAGUUCUGGUCAGGGUGCAGCACCGCCGCUUUCGUUCUCCAACUCUCCUGUUAAGAACCUUCCAAACACCACCAAGAAGCAGUUACCGAAUGGCGCACUGUCUACCAGCAAACCCGGAUUCAUACCCGCCAAAUCCACCAAGUCUCCCACGAAGCCGAAGUUUUCGUUACCAGGAGAUGCAGUUGCGGCCAAACUCAAGGCACAGAGAGAAGAGCGGAUGAAGCGUGAAGAGGAAGCAGCGAAUGAGAAAAAGGCCUUCAAAGCUCGACCGGUGCCGGCCAAGAUAUCUCGUCCCAGUGUUGUCCCACGAGAGAACAGAGCCAGCCAAGCAAGGAUGAGCAUUUACGCCAUCGGAGGAAACAAGGAGAACGUUGAGCCCAAACCAGCUGCAGCCACUCAGCCAAAACCACGCCCAACAUCGCUUGGUCCAAAAUCAAAAACAUCGGAAACACCAAAUGUGAAAGCGAGCGUCCGUCGGACGACCACCUCUGCCACUCCUGCCAAGCCUCGAGCCUCAAUUAUUCAACUGGCUACCGGUCAGAAGUCCAUGGUGACGAAAGAAGACGUCGUCCAACAGAAGGCCAAAGGCAAGGAAGUCUUUGAACGGUCGAAAGCCGAAACGGAGCGUCUGGAGAAGGAGAGGAGGGAAAAGGAAGAGGCAGCGCGGAAGGCCAGGGCGGAGGCGGCAGAGAGAGGAAGACAGGCAAGCCGUGAGUGGGCAGAGAAGCAGAAGAAGAAGAUCGCCGCCAAGAUCCUGGCUGCGAAGGAGAAGGAGAAGGCCGGCGGUUCAGAGAACGGUGCAGGUCAAGAACAAACAAGAGCUGCGGUGUCGGCUUCGUAAAGGUCUCCUGGGUCUCCCGCAUCUCGGCUUCUGGACGAGAUACAUUUCCUGGUGUGGAAUGGGCUGCUUCAUUAAAGGUCUUGUUCUUCAGCGAAGGUGUUGGUAUGGACAAAACUAGUUUUAUGUUUAGGCUUGGAAGACCCAACAAAGGCUCUCGUUCAGGCAACGAUUUUGGUGGGAUAGUUGUCAGAAGGCACAAUGUCGAGCGAGCCGUUAGUACAAG